AUGUUAGCCAUCAAAGAAGUGCCGACGACGUGUCCAAACAAUUGCCACAAUCACGGGAACUGCCAUUUAGGCAAAUGCCAGUGCUUCCCAGGUUAUAUCGGACACGACUGCGCCGAUAAUGUAUGUCCGGUGCUGUGCGGAGGUCACGGCCGAUACCUUCAGGGCAGCUGUCGGUGCGAAACGGGUUGGAAGGGUCCGGAGUGUACCAUACGGUCGACCGAUUGCGAAGUGAAUGACUGCAACGGCCGCGGGAAGUGUGUGUCCGGUGUUUGUCAGUGUUUCAGUGGAUUCCGGGGCGACAGCUGUGACAUCGUUGACUGUUUGGAUCCGUUGUGCUCGAGUCACGGCGCCUGUAUAGACGGCCAGUGCUGGUGCAAAGUCGGGUGGACCGGCACUAACUGUAGCGAUGCUGACCAUAGAUUAAGUCAAUUUUUCCCCAAUUGUUCACAACAUGCCAAAUGUAAUCUCGAUUGCGGUGUUCAUGGGGUGUGCGAAGGGGGCCGUUGUGUUUGCGACGGCGGUUGGCACGGGUCGCGAUGUGAUGAGCAAAUAUGUGAUCACCGGUGUCUUGAGCAUGGUCAGUGCAACAACGGCACCUGUAUUUGUAUACAAGGCUGGAUGGGCAGACACUGCACAGAGGGCUGGGGUGGCAAAGACUGCUCAGCGCCUCAGGAGACCAACUGUGCCGAUGAUAUCGACAACGAUAAUGCGAGUGCUGUGGUACCGAUCACUGGUAAUUACGACCCGAAAAACACACACUUGACUAUCGGUUCCGUCCAUCAGUCGCUGAUGUGUAUCACAAGCCCCGACCCGUUGGACAUACUGUUACGCAAACAGCCGCCUGCAGUGACCGCCAGUUUCUAUCAAAAGAUGAAAUUCUUGAUCGAGGAGUCGAGUGUUCAAAGCUAUGCCCAUAAAGACGAAUACUCUGAAAGCCAUCAGUCGCUGAUGUGUAUCACGAGUCCCGACCCGUUGGACAUACUGUUACGCAAACAGCCGCCUGCAGUGACCGCCAGUUUCUAUCAAAAGAUGAAAUUCUUGAUCGAGGAGUCGAGUGUUCAAAGCUAUGCCCAUAAAGAUGAAUACUCUGAAAGGUAA